AUUUGUUUUGGGAGAUCGUCGCGACCCGAAGAACCGCUUUCUUCCAGGAGCUUGGGGCCGGUUCCUCGACUGAAUUUGACCUUAGUUCAAGCGAGGGGCGAGCGCGGGAUGCACGCAACUCAUUAACCACAUUCUGUAGCGACCAUGCCUAUCCCAACGCGCUCCGCAUCACUACGUGAACCCCGGAAAUCAUCCUCUAAUAUAGCACGACCCACGACCAACGCUACAACCCCGGCCACCGGUUCGAGUAAAGCACCUACCCGCUCGACAAAUGACAAGACCCGAUUCUCAGACAACCCCUCGCCGGUCGAGGGUCUCUCCCUCAAAGAUAAUGCGGUAUCCAAUCGCGGACGAACUCUCCUCCCGCAGCGCAGCAACCUAACACGAGACGAUGGAACUGGGUCGGCACAGGUCCGGUUUCAGCCUUCAGAGACAAGGCUUCCACAACGUGGGGAAACAUCGCCAAAGAGGCUGCCGCUGGCAAAUACGGGGGAGGAGAGACAGAGAGCGCCAUUGACGGCCCUUCCCAGCAGUACGGUGCCAACACGUCGCCAGAGCUUGAUUCGACCGAGUGCUUUGAAAACAACAUCAACCAGAGGCAAUGUUCCAGCCCCUACAAAGGCCACGGCGCCUACAUUCACGCCGCCGUCGCCGCGGAAAGCAUCCACGUUCCGAUCGCCCACACAAUCCUCGGCGGCGGCGCGACCACCCUCGCCCAAAAAGACGGAGAUGCUACCUCCCCCUCGGCCCAUGCGAUCUGCCUCUUUGAGACAACCUCGAGAUGCAACAUCGGGACCCGCAGCCACUGUCCGGGGCCACGCCCGACACCGCAGCCAGAUGGUCCCGGCGAGCGUGAAACCAACUCAACCCGACCCAUCACCCACCGCUCAGAAGCCUCGCGCGCAAUUCUCUACCUAUCAGCAACACUACUCUCCCAGGAAGCCGAAUAAGCCUCCGACCCCGACUCCGGGGUCUACGUCCGACACCGAUAAUCUUCUCAUUCCUACGUCCUGGCCCGACAUCGCCGCAUUACAGACAGAGCUCCUUCAGUUGAGUCUUUUUCAUUCUAGCUCGCUCCAGCACCAUGCAGAGUGGAAGGCAGAGUCAGAAUCCCGCUUGCGCGAGAAAUAUGAUGCCGUCGCUGAUCAAUACCGAUCUAUAUUGGUGGAUGAGAAGAGCCGCCAGCACCAGCUGAAUAUGCAAUCUCUGGCCUGCUGGCUCCAGAAUUGUCGCGAGCACCAAGGCCCGCAUGGAUUCUCUGAACAAAUCCAGAUCUUCUCGCAGGUCCUACAGGAAAUAUCCGAUCUAGUGAUAACCGGAAUGAGCGGGCGGUAUACCAAAGCCGUGUCCAUCUUUGAAGACUGGUUCCAGCAGGUAGAUUAUAUCCGGCAUCAGCGUGAGUCUACAGGAACAUUCGAUGGGAUAGUUUUCAUCGACCCGCUCGAUACAACCUGGAAAGAAGAGGUACACGUGCUGCAUGCAAAGCUGGAGUUGUGUGCGCGACAUCUCCAAAGCCUGGAUAUCCUAGGCUUUGGAGAGGUGGAACAGUUACCGCAGUCUGCACUUACUCGUGUAGCGCAGGGGCUGGCGGAAUCGAUUCAGCUUAUGUUGCAGGAAAUUCGGGCUAUGCGGACUUUGGAGGCGGAGGUUGUUCGUUCGGAGCGAGAGUAUGUUCGUCGGAUUGCGAGUGAGGUGACGGGGUCAAGGCGGGAGAUGAGUGCGCCGAGAGUGGGUGUUUGGAGGGCUUGAGUUAUGACAUGCUUGUCAUGAGUGAAGCGAGUUGUUUCUCCAUUAUUAACACUUUUUCGUGUAUAAGCUUGCGUGAUGUAUUCAAUGUGAGUAACGACCUCAUCAAUGCCUACUGUAUCUCCCGGUAGAGUGACAGAACUUCCAUAAUUAAGGUCUAC